AUGAGUAACAUGUAUGUCUUCACGGCGGGCGGCGACGACCCAAGCAAGCUUAUCGAGGCUUUGCAACAGAGCCAGGCCAUUCGCUCUGCGGUUGAGGCUCCUACAGCCAACCUCACCUCUAGCACCCCGUGCACCGUAAUCCUCCACCAGUUCCGUUCCGAGGAUCAGCGCGGCAAGAUCCUGUACCACAUCUACCUCCCGGCCAACAUCACAAUCGAGGAACUACUCAACACCAUCAGGGAAGAGUUCGGUGAUGCUGAACGCACCGUGAGCUUCGGAAACAUUCGCGUUAACGAGAAGGCGGAAUUCAUCAACAAUCCCCUAACCAUGAUGCCGAAGUAUAUGGCCUCCACCUACCUCAAGCGGCUGUGGCCUGCAGGAUGGCCAUGGGUGUACUGCUUCCGCUGCAUCGCUGACGACAAUCCAAACACCGUUCGCUACGAUAUGGUUAUGUCGAAGCAGGCGAUGGGUCGUCCUCUAUACGGCACCGUCCAUCAUCCAAACGCGCCAACUCUCAACAGCCCUCCGAUCAUUACGCACCCACAGCCGAAUCCGAACCAGACUCAGCUGGGCCCAGCGGGCGUGCUGGUCGGUCACGACACUACUGGUAAGCCGAUUUAUAGGCCUAUCGGUGCCCCGAUGCCAAGCUCCGUCAUUAGGCUCCCUGGCUUAGGUGGUUCUGUUGCCUCCGUUCACGACUCACCUCCGAACGACGCUACCCAAGAGAACAAUGCAUCUGCCCGCUCCGGAAAUGAACUGCGGUCUUCGCCAACGGAGUCGAUCGCUUCUUGUGCGCCUAAGAGGGUAACCAGAGAAUCCCUCGCCAACUCCGCGGGCCAGGCCAAGGCAGCAGAGACACCUGUGCCGAAAAAGAGUACCAUCAAGACUUCCGGCUCUACCGCGAAGGGCAAGAAAUCGAAGCCUACCGGGGUCAAGAAGUCGAAGCCAGGAUCGAAGAAAAAGGCGACACUUUCCUCCAUCUCCCCCGCAUCCACCGUGGUUACUGAGGAGUUGAAGAGCGAGCACACCUCGAUUGGUAGAGACCCACCUGUGCCGAACAUGCUUCUUAUGGACACUCCGAGUCCUAAGGAGGUUCCACCCGUCGUUGCUCACAGGCUCGCCGCUAUGGGUAUCUUGAAGGAAGGAAACGUGAACGCCCCUAACACCUCUUUCUCGGGUGCGGCUGCUCCUCCGGCGGUGCACUGUGCAGAUAAGAGAGAACCCGCGACUCUCAGCGCUGCUUCGGCUCUGAUCACGCUGGCCUCUCAGGAUCUCUCCAUCGGUUCCAACCAGGAGAAGUUUCCCGAGACGCCAGUUGGUCCCUCGCAGCAGCAUAGCCCCAGCAGCUCCCCCAUGCUGCGCCGCUUUGAACGCUCCACUUCGCCUACCCACGAGGCCGAAAAGGAGGAGCUCUUGAAGAUGUGGAGUCACUCGGUUUCACGUCUGGGCAAGUCCGCUGCUCUCAAGAAAAAGACUGCUGGCAACGCUGAGAUCACAGAGACGUCGCAGCGACCUGUCGAUGCCAAUGCCGCCGAGACCUCGGAUGACAAGCAGUACGACUCAGACGAGCCUAUGAGUUCUAAGAACAAGCUCGCCGCUUUCCGCAAACAGGCGGGCGCCUCCAAGAAACAACUUGCUGACUCUCCCUCCAGCUUCACGCCGAUCAACAAGCCCAUGUCCAAGAAGAAGGUGGCGCUGCCCAGCAGCUUCACCCCCAUCAACAAGCCCACCACCGGCGCGAUGCGCAUCGUGCAGGAGUGCAUGGAUUACGACGGCUCUGAUGAGGAGGGAGGGUCAACUCCCGGCACCUCUCCGUAG